AUGGAGAGUGUAUACAUCCAAAAACGUCUCGUGCUCUGGGCGUCCGCCAUGGCGACCUCGAUCGGCGGCGGCUACUGGCGAGCCGGUAACACAGGACAUCCUGCGGCAACGGAUGUGUGUAGGAUUUCCAUCACGGGUAUUGCAAUGGUUCCGGUUUGGCACGUUCAAUUGCCUGCUCAACGUCAUCUUCACUGUUUUCUUCGGGGGAUGAUCAUCACAUUGCAGUUUCAUCUAGAGAAGCGUUGCAGUACUCACUCGGUCACAACUCAUAAUGGCAGCAAAAACGAAACACAAAGAGACGAUUUGACAGGUGGUCAGUUGAUAAAAUCUGCUCUUUGA